CAGGACAGCACUUUUUUCCACCACAACUAUUUUAUAUCCGAGCAGACUCAUGCAUACACACAGUGUGUGUGUUUUGGGCCGAUGAUUCUCCGAUGAAGCGUUUCUUUGGGUUGCUGUUGGAGCGACUUGUGUUUGUAACUAAAGAGCUCAAACUAGGCCAAUGCAGGAAACGGAUGAAGAAGAAGAAGAAGCAGAAGCAGAAGCUCACAACCAAGAAGACCGAACCAUCAGUGAUCCUGACAGUUUACCUCAAUGACACCCAGCAAAUGCUUACUGAGGUCCCGGUUACUCCGGCAACCAGAGUGAUUGACGUUGUGGAAUACUGUAAAGAAGCCGGAGAGGGGGAGUGUCACCUGGCUGAAGUGUGGAAUGGACACGAGCGUGUUCUCCCCCAGGAGGUGUUACUGUUGGAUCUGCUCCAGCAGUGGGGGGGCAGGAGGUUGGAGGUUAGCUUCUACCUCCGUCACUGCCCCUCCUGGACACAAGGAAGUCUGCAGCCUCUGGAGCAGAGCUGGACCCAGGAAGAAGAAGCAGAGGGUGCUGAUGACAAGGUUCCCCGUGUGGAGCUGACCCUCUCUGAGCUCCAGGAAAUGGCCACACGACAACAGCAACAGAUAGAGGCUCAGCAACAGAUGUUGGUCGCCAGGGAGCAGAGACUCAAGUAUCUUCACCAGGGAGGCAGAUCCACCCAGGGACAGACACAGUCUGAGGCGGAGAAGCUGCAGCGGCUGAAGGAGCGGGUGGAGACGCAGGAAGCCAAGCUGAAGAAGAUCCGCGCCAUGAGAGGACAGGUGGACUACAGCAAGCUGAUCAACGGAAACCUCUCUGCAGAAAUUGACCAUGUGAGCAGCCUGUUCCAGGAGAAGCAGACGGAGCUGCAGUCUGCUGUGGUCAGAGUGGACCAGUUGACCCAGCAGCUGGAUGAUUUAAAGAAAGGACGCCUUCAGCUACACUCUGCUCCACACGCUCAGGGGUCUCACAUUGGGCCCCAGGGGCCACACUCUGGCCAGAAAGGAUCACCCCUGUCUGGUCCUGCAGCCCUGGAACUAAGGAAACUGUACCAGGAACUACAGGCACGUAACCGUCAUAAUCUGGAGCAGAGCAGCAAGCUGGCCCAGAACAAGGAUCUGCUGAACAAGAGGAACGCCCAGGUGACCGUGAUGGAUCAACGCAUCGGAGACCUGAGAGAACGACUGCACAAGAAGAGAGCAGAUUUGAGUCGUAUGAAUGGAGGAGGCCCGUCCUCGCCUCAGUCCUCCUCACACCCAGGUGCUGGAGUCUCGGGGCGAGUAGCGGCUGUGUGUCCCUACAUCCAGGUUCCAGCCGAGGGCAGGCAGGAGGUGGGGUACCCCCUGCCUGCAGACCCCCCUGCCAAACCCACCCCCCUCAGCCACAUUCGCUCCCUCUCAGAGGAGGAACGGAGUGGCAUCAGGAAGCCUCCCAGCCAAUGGAAAGUAUCAGAUUUAGACAUCGUUCUGUCAGAACCCACUGAUACGCAUCAGGGGCCUGGGUCCCCUCAGGGGGGCCACAGUAUCAACACUAAUGAAGCAUCAUGGCCUAGCAUGAGUAAGAGUGUGUCCGAUUGGAGGAGCAACAGUCCGGAACAGCUCCCCUCUGGUUAUGGUACUUACCCCAGUGCCAGCCACCAGGCGGCGGGGCAUCACUGUGCCUCCAGCUCCCUGCCCCGCUCGGCCCCCGGGACGCUGGGCUGGCCCCGAUCCAGUGCUGCAAAUGCCACCUCAGCUUCCUCUUUAUCGUCUUCCUCUUCACAACAAAUACAGCAACGGAUUUCCAUACCUCCGAACUCAAGCCCAGGCUCCAACUCACAGCCACAAACAGAGCGAACAGACCCCCCUCCAGCCGUGGCCGUUCGUCCCUACGUCCCGGACCAUCCCUCUAGGCCCCAGUCUCCGAGGAAGGGCCCCGCCACCAUGAAUAGCAGCUCCAUCUACAGCAUGUACCUCCAGCAGCCCCAGGCCAAGAACUAUGGGUCUCUGAGCAACAGGACUACUGUCAAAGCAGUCUACGGCAAACCUAUCCUCCCCUCAUCGUCCACCAAUCCGUCACCUGUCCCUUUCCUCCAGGGAGGAGGAGGAGUGAAAGCAGGAGGAGAGGAUGUAACAGAUAAAGAAGGAGGGAAAGGAGGAGAGAGCACUGAUGGACAGAUCCUCCCCCCACCCACUGUGGACAACAUCCCUCGCCCCCUCAGCCCCACAAAGCUCACUCCUGUCGCCCACUCUCAGCUGCGUUACCAGAGUGAUGCUGAUUUGGAGGUUCUGCGACGACGCCUCAGCAAUGCUCCGCGUCCCCUGAAGAAACGGAGCUCAAUCACUGAGCCUGAGGGGCCACAGGGGCCAAACAUCCAAAAACUACUAUACCAGAGGUUCAAUACGUUGGCAGGAGGCAUGGAAGGAGGCUCAGGUAAUACCUUCUACCAGCCUGAAUGCAUUUUGGGUGAAGUGGACAACAUCCAUUCGGCCAAUGGGAAUGUAGAACCUGGAGAUAAGAACAUCAAUACAGCAACCGCGGAAGGGGAGGUCAAGAACCUGAACUCGGGCGCUCGCCGCUUGUCUCCCCCUUCUGUUGCCAUAGAAACACCCAAAGAGACAUCGGCAAAAGCAGAGACGACCAAAAACGUGUCACCACCGACCCGCGCCAACCCGCCCCCUGCGCCUGAUAGGCCGGAGGACCAGAACAACAACAAGAAAGGAUCAAGUCCUGCACACAGCUCUGUAGGCCACUCCUCCCCUUCAACAUCACCUCCUGCCCCCCCUUCAAAACCCAAGGUGAAGCGAACCAACCUGAAGAAGCCGUCGUCAGAGCGAACGGGCCACGGGCUGAGGGUGAAGUUUAACCCUCUGGCUCUGCUGCUGGAUGCUUCCUUAGAGGGAGAGUUUGACCUAGUGCAGAGGAUUAUAUAUGAGGUGGAAAACCCCAGCAUGCCAAAUGACGAAGGCAUUACUCCUCUUCACAAUGCCGUGUGUGCGGGCCACCACCACAUUGUGAAGUUCCUGCUGGACUUUGGAGUCAAUGUAAACGCGGCCGACAGUGAUGGAUGGACUCCUUUGCAUUGUGCAGCUUCCUGUAACAGCGUCCACCUCUGUAAGAUGCUGGUGGAGUCGGGGGCGGCCAUUUUUGCCACAACAAUUAGUGAUGUGGAAACAGCAGCAGACAAAUGUGAAGAAAUGGAGGAGGGCUAUACCCAGUGUUCUCAGUUCCUCUAUGGUGUCCAGGAGAAAUUGGGGGUGAUGAACAAAGGCCUGGUCUACACUCUGUGGGACUACACGGCCCAGCAGGCCGAUGAGCUGUCUUUCAGCGAGGGCGACGCCCUCACGGUGCUGCGUCGCCGCGACGACACCGAGACAGAAUGGUGGUGGGCGCGACUUAACGACCGCGAGGGAUACAUUCCCAGAAACUUACUGGGGCUGUAUCCAAGGAUCAAACCCAGACAACGCUCACUGGCGUAAAGCCCAGAUCAGACGCCACGUGCACACGCGCAUGCACCGAGAAGAAGAGGAGCAGCAUGUGGGAGGAAGCACUAGCCGGGGAAGAGAGAACAAAGGUAGCAGGAAGAGGAGAAAACAAAGACGGAGCUCGCAGGAACUUUUCCCAUUUGUUUGGAGGUGAUGCUGCAACCACAAAGCCACUUUAUGCUAGAAUCAUAAUAUAUUUUCACUGCAGUAAAAGGAAAUUGCCUGUUAUUUUGAGCUUGGCAACUUCCCACUAGUUCAGCCGCAUGAGAGAAAGCUACGUAGAAAAAUAUCCUCCAGCUCAGGACAUGAAAACAUGAGCUCAGAUUUAUACCGACAUUCAUCCAAAUAACCCCAUGUCUGAACUUUAUUUUUGUAUGGUGUAAGAAGAAAUGGAGAGAGGAUUGAAAUGCAGUACAGGUAGAAGUAAGUGUGAGAAGAUAAAGCAGGAGAGAGGAACAUGAGAGGUAGUGUGUCUCUGAAAGUGUUAAAGGGAUGUAGGUGGAGCAACUGUUAGCAGGGCUAGUCAGGAGUGAAGUUGGAUGUGCAACCACAAGACUAACAGAACAGGAUCCAGCAAGUUUAUGAUGCAUGGUGAUCCUCAUGAGCAGCAGAUGUUCACAAUAAAAUGUUAUGGCAUGGAGAAAAAACUUUGGUUUGAACUCAUACCAGAACAGUAUUUCAUUUCUGACUUAUAAUAAAAAGAAUCAUAUGUAAAUUAUUAUGAAUGUCCCAAACGUUUACUAUAGAGUGGUGCAGGAAUGAGUCCCAAACCUAGGGGAUGAGUUAGCAUUUUUUUAACAUGUUUUUUGUUAGAUGCUUUGUUUUCUGACAUAAAAUACGUCAGUUAACACCACGCUGGUGAAUGUCUGAAGUUUGCUUCCUAGCUUCUAAAUAAGACUGCCAUACGCCGACCAUUAGCCACCUUUAGCUUAGCGGUGGUGACCUGAAGUCAUUGUGAUGUAGCUUGUUUAUAGCCUAACUUUAGCUUUUUGUUUCUGGGGAUUGCUUUCAUGGUUCAAAAAUCAUAAAAGUGGUAAAUAACAGAUCCAUGUGUUUGCCACAGAGUUUAAUUUUCCGGAAUAUUCCUAAAUCCACUAGAAUAUCCCAUUGACUUUUUUUCUGGGGAGCGCUUGCGAUGCUAACCCCGGGUCGGACUACAAACGUUUAUCAUUACUGCACAACUCUAUAUUUAUGUUGACUCUGGUGCAUGCUGUCAUACUGAUAUCACUUUAACUGUAGAAUGGUUGCUGCUGGUGAGAGAGGAGGAAGUCAGGAAAUCGAAGAAUGUGAGAAAAGGAUUUGUGAAAUAUGAAUAAUGUUGGAAACCAAAGCAGCUAUGAAAUGGGAAUAAGGAGGAGACCAUUUUUUACACAUUUAAAUAAAACCUCUUUAAAUUUGUACACACAAAAUACCUUGUCCAGUACAGGGCCUGGCACAUAUUGGCAACACCGAUACCAGGUUUGAACACAAUAAUAUAAUAAGCCUGUGUUUCCCAUCUACCAUAAAAUAUAUGAAAAAAUAUAAUUGUAUACAUAUUCCAGGGGUUACUGCUACAGUGUUAAAAUUAAGAAUCUAAAGUGUGAAAACAAUGUGACCUUCUCAAAAGUUUUACAUUGGAUGAAAUGUUUAACGCCAAUGAUUUGUUGUUUUAUUUAAACACUUGUUUUUCUACUAUUACUGUUAUUAUUAGAAACACUGCUCUCCUUUCUUUAUGUCAGUGCUGGCACCACUCACUGCUGCCCCCCAGUGUACAGAGCGUCAUUUUCUCUAACAUGCUGUGUAAAAUAUGAGGCAAUAAAUUGUGAUGUUUGGUGUGAGAAUGAGGAGUGUGAACCAUUACUUUGUGUAUAUGCAACCUGUAACUACACGGCUGAUGUAUGAUAAUAAUAAAGACAUUAUAAUCCCU